AUGAAGUACUUUCUUCUGCUGCUGGCUUUCUUUGUAGGUGGUGAUUGCACAGAGAAUUGUGGAAGAAUCUACAUCACUGGCACUCAUGGAAAUGCUGGUGAUUUUGCCAAAUGCAGAACUGCUUCAAGCUUAUACAUUACUGGCUCAAAUUUGAGUACACUUUCUGAUUUUGGACAACUGAGGAAAAUCUCACAAACCGAAGAUGACGGUGACAUGCCAGCGUUAAUAAUAUCUAACAACAAAAACCUGAUCUGGGAGAGAGGAAGUUUGUCUCAGUUGGAAUACGUUACUUUGGGCACAAAAUCUCUUACGAUCCCCGUCAUUGCUAUACAUGACAAUCCGAAGCUUUGUAUUCCAAACGCAGACAUAUUGAGACUAAAGAGAGCUGCAGCAUCGUUGAGCACUGACAAUACUUUCAUUCAAGAAUGUCAGUGUGACAUGGAAGUUCUUUUGGAAGCGGCAUCAACUGUCGGGCAUGUCAAGAACCAGAAAGUGAACACCCCAUGUGUUACACUCAAUGGAGAUCUUGUAAUUAACAGUUCCACAAAUGAAGCGCUUCAGAGCGUUAUCAUGGGAAUACGGUAUAUCCACGGAGGUAUUUCAAUGGUUGAUACAAGUUGGUCGGAACUUCGUUUACCGUCUCUUGAAACCAUUGACAACGUAGGAAUUGAGAUUCGUAACAAUAGAAACCUUACGAAAAUUAUUAUACCGUUCUUACGCGCUAUUCUUUCAACUGGCAAGCAUGCAAAUAUUAUAGAUAAUCUAAAGUUACGAAUAGACUACGCUCUUGAGGAAAGGCUACUUCUUACAAGAAUGAGAAAAGGUAGUGAAGAAAAUCGUCUUGAAAUUAAAACAUCACCAUGUGUAAUUAACGAAACGGAAUCACUAAUUAGCCUUGCUUCAUGUAGAAAUGUUGUUGGAGAUAUCAUUAUCACAGCUGCUAACUCUGAAAUCAGCAUUUUGGAAAAUUUGGCAUUUGUUGAAGUUCUACGCGGUUGCCUAACCAUCAGUGGCACGAAGUUACAAAACUUAUCAUUUCUGAGGAACUUGAAGGAGGUCCAUUGCGAGAAGGACCGGCCUCCAAUUCUCAUAGAAGACAAUAAACAAUUGGUUGAUAUUGACUUAGGAAUACACAGAGUUCGUUCAACUCUACGGAAACCGCUAGAGAUUAAAGGAAAUGACAUGCUAUGUCGAGAUUACAUAAAAAGAUGGCAGAACGUGUUGAGAAUUUCUCGAGCAAAAGAUCAAGUACAUGAAAUUGAUAUGCGUUCUGUAAGCGAACGAUGCGAUGGUGUCUUCGUCUCAGACUCACAUAAUAUAAUGGUUCCUGUCACAAUACUUAUUUGUGUACUUGUGCUAAUCUACUGCAUCUUAAUUAUUAAUCGUAGUACAGCUAAACAAAACAAGCGGUUCAAUGCAAAGCUAUCGUGA